AUGAAAUACACUAAAUGCAAUUUUAUGAUGUCAGUUCUUGGCAUUAUAAUAUAUAUGACUGACUUAAUUGUCGACAUCUGGGUAUCUGCUAAAUUUUUCCGUGAAGGACAAUAUAUUUUUGGUGUUUUAACAUUAAGUUUCAUGCUUUUUGGAACAUUUGUGGUCCAGUGCUUUAGUUAUUCUUGGUUCAAAGCUGAUUUAAAGCAAGCAGGCCAAGAAAUUCAGAAUUGUUUUCUUCUACUUCAUUGCUUGCAAGGGGGAGUCCUUACAAGGUAUUGGUUUGCUUUGAAGAAUGGUUACCACAUAGCUUUCAAAUAUAGCAACAAAGCUAAUAAUGUCAUGGAAGAGCAAAUUGAUCCACUUAAAGAAGUUAUAGACAGAGUGACGGAUUUGAGCAUGCUUAGGCUGUUUGAGACCUACCUGGAAGGCUGCCCUCAACUUGUUCUUCAGCUCUACAUCUUUCUAGAACAUGGUCAAGCAAACUUCAGUCAGUAUUUGUCCAUCAUGGUCUCUUGCUGUGCUGUUUCUUGGUCAACUGUUGAUUAUCAAAUAGCUUUAAGAAAGUCCUUGCCCGAUAAAAAUCUGCUUAAUGGAAACUGUGCCAAAGCCACAUAUCUCUUUUACAAGUUAUUUACAUUGUUAUCAUGGAUGCUUAGUGUUGUACUUCUUCUAUUCUUAAAUCUUAAAAUUGCUUUAAUUUUAUUGUUGUUUCUCUGGCUUUUAGGUGUAAUGUGGGCAUUUAAGCAGCAAACUCAGUUUUGUACUUCUUUAAGUAUGGAAUUCUUAUAUAGGAUUGUUGUUGGAUUCAUUCUUAUUGCUACAUUUUUUAAUAUUAAGGGCCAGAAUACCAAAUGUCCAAUGUCCUGUUAUUAUAGUGUAAGGGUACUGAUCACCUUGGGGAUACUGAUUGUGUUCUGGGUUUAUCCACUCCAUGUUUUUAGUUCAGAAUAUUUUAUAACUAUCAGUAUCACCAUAAUUCUUUCUCUGCUCCUUGGAAUUACCUUUCUUAUUGUUUAUUAUGGGAUUUUUCACCCAAACAGAAUUGAAGAAACAAAAUUUGAUGAAGUUGAUGGAAAAUCAAUUCAAAGAGGUUGUAGAAUGAGGUAUUUCCUGAUGGAAUAA